AUGGGAUCGUUUGAAAAUCCACCUGAAAGGGUAUUGUCAAAUAUUGUCACGCAAGGCUUUUUCACAUCGCCAUCGACGCUUUGGCUGCGGUAUUUACAUCGCCAAUAUCGCUCUCUCAUCCGUUUGAAUCGCCAUCACCACAAUGAUGAAUCCUAUCAAGCCCGCCUCCAACAACUUCGCCACGACAUCGACAAUUCAUCCAAAAUGAGGAAGCUGAUUAUCUUGCAUUACGUUCUGGUAUCAAAAUGGAGGGAAUAUGGGGAACGAUCUAACAAAUAUUUUUAUGAAUGUCUCAAGGAUCGUCAAGUUGCCAAGUACAUCCCUGCUAUUGCUAAUGAGGAUGGAACCCUUGCCACAACACCGGAUGAUAUGGUUUCCAGAGCCCAUGAUUUUCUUACUGCAAGCUGUAUCAACGCCGAGGCUAUUGAUACAUCCGCACUCAGCAAUAUUCUUCAAGCCAUUCCCGAGGAUUUGUCUAUAGCUGAGGAUGAUCAAGAACUCUUAGCGAUGCCAUGGUCUGACGAUGAGAUUCUCAACGGGAUCUCUCGUAGUCCAUAUCGUAGUAGUCCUGGUGUCGAUGGCUUUCCAUAUGAGUUGCUUCGGUUCCUAUAUGGCCAUCCACGUGUUAAACCACUAUGCAGCAGGUUUUCAAUGAAGCUCUCACUUUGGCGCGUACACACCAGUUUCUUGGCGUACUUCGGUGGUGACUCUUUUACCGAAACAAGGUGA